AUCAGUUUUAAGAGAUGAAAUGGCAGUAUUGAAAACAAAUGUAGAAUCCAACAGCCAGAUUCCACAACAAGGUGUUCUCUCAAUAAUUGAAGCAGCAGCAGUAAUAAAUGAACUAGCAGAAAGUCUUUCUUCGACUGAUCAAACCACUGAUACUGAUAUUAAGGACGUAUCAGCUGAUUUUGUCGAAACAGCAGUUAGUGUUAAAGAUGAGCUAAAUCAGUUAACUACUGUUAUUGUCAAGGUUAACGAAAAUCUCCAAAAACCCAAAAUAUUGGAACAGCAAAAACCAGAAUUAAAGCGAGCUAUAAGUGCUGUUAAAGAAAAGCUGGAAGAAGUAGUAACAAAAACUUUACCUAACGCCGAAAAGCUAAAGAUUGCAGAGCACAAUCUAAAAACACUUAAUGCUAAACUAGAUGAAGUUGUAGAAAAACUGUCCGAAGAACAUGAGAAACCAACCGAGAGACAAGAUGCCAAAUUAGUUAAAGAACUCUUAGAACCAAUAUCAGUUUUAAGAGAUGAAAUCGCAGUAUUGAAAACAAAUGUAGAAUCCAACAGCCAGAUUCCACAACAAGGUGUUCUCUCAAUAAUUGAAGCAGCAGCAGUAAUAAAUGAACUAGCAAAAAUUCUUUCUUCGACUGAUCAAACCACUGAUACUGAUAUUAAGGACGUAUCAGCUGAUUUUGUCGAAACAGCAGUUAGUGUUAAAGAUGAGCUAAAUCAGUUAACUACUGUUAUUGUCAAGGUUAACGAAAAUCUCCAAAAACCCGAAAUAUUGGAACAGCAAAAACCAGAAUUAAAGCGAGCUAUAAGUGCUGUUAAAGAAAAGCUGGAAGAAGUAGUAAAAAAAACUUUGCCUAACGCCGAAAAGCUAAAGAUUGCAGAGCACAAUCUAAAAACACUUAAUGCUAAACUAGAUGAAGUUGUAGAAAAACUGUCCGAAGAACAUGAGAAACCAACCGAGAGACAAGAUGCCAAAUUAGUUAAAGAACUCUUAGAACCAAUAUCAGUUUUAAGAGAUGAAAUGGCAGUAUUGAAAACAAAUGUAGAAUCCAACAGCCAGAUUCCACAACAAGGUGUUCUCUCAAUAAUUGAAGCAGCAGCCAUAAUAAAUGAACUAGCAGAAAGCCUUUCUUCGAUUAAACAAACCACUGAUACUGAUAUUAAGGAUGUAUCAGCUGAUUUUGUCGAAACAGCAGUUAGUGUUAAAGAUGAGCUAAAUCAGUUAACUACUGUUAUUGUCAAGGUUAACGAAAAUCUCCAAAAACCCGAAAUAUUGGAACAGCAAAAACCAGAAUUAAAGCGAGCUAUAAGUGCUGUUAAAGAAAAGCUGAAGAAGUAGUAACAAAAACUUUGCCUAACGCCGAAAAGCUAAAGAUUGCAGAGCACAAUCUAAAAGCACUUAAUGCUAAACUAGAUGAAGUUGUAGAAAAACUGUCCGAAGAACAUAAGAAACCAACCGAAAGACAAGAUGCCAAAUUAGUUAAAGAACUCUUAGAACCAAUAUCAGUUUUAAGAGAUGAAAUCGCAGUAUUGAAAACAAAUGUAGAAUCCAACAGCCAGAUUCCCCAACAAGGUGUUCUCUCAAUAAUUGAAGCAGCAGCAGUAAUAAAUGAACUAGCAGAAAGUCUUUCUUCGACUGAUCAAACCACUGAUACUGAUAUUAAGGACGUAUCAGCUGAUUUUGUCGAAACAGCAGUUAGUGUUAAAGAUGAGCUAAAUCAGUUAACUACUGUUAUUGUCAAGGUUAACGAAAAUCUCCAAAAACCCGAUAUAUUGGAACAGCAAAAACCAGAAUUAAAGCGAGCUAUAAGUGCUGUUAAAGAAAAGCUGGAAGAAGUAGUAACAAAAACUUUACCUAACGCCGAAAAGCUAAAGAUUGCAGAGCACAAUCUAAAAACACUUAAUGCUAAACUAGAUGAAGUUGUAGAAAAACUGUCCGAAGAACAUGAGAAACCAACCGAGAGACAAGAUGCCAAAUUAGUUAAAGAACUCUUAGAACCAAUAUCAGUUUUAAGAGAUGAAAUGGCAGUAUUGAAAACAAAUGUAGAAUCCAACAGCCAGAUUCCACAACAAGGUGUUCUCUCAAUAAUUGAAGCAGCAGCAGUAAUAAAUGAACUAGCAGAAAGUCUUUCUUCGACUGAUCAAACCAAUGAUACUGAUAUUAAGGACGUAUCAGCUGAUUUUGUCGAAACAGCAGUUAGUGUUAGAGAUGAGCUAAAUCAGUUAACUACUGUUAUUGUCAAGGUUAACGAAAAUCUCCAAAAACCCGAAAUAUUGGAACAGCAAAAACCAGAAUUAAAGCGAGCUAUAAGUGCUGUUAAAGAAAAGCUGGAAGAAGUAGUAACAAAAACUUUACCUAACGCCGAAAAGCUAAAGAUUGCAGAGCACAAUCUAAAAACACUUAAUGCUAAACUAGAUGAAGUUGUAGAAAAACUGUCCGAAGAACAUGAGAAACCAACCGAGAGACAAGAUGCCAAAUUAGUUAAAGAACUCUUAGAACCAAUAUCAGUUUUAAGAGAUGAAAUGGCAGUAUUGAAAACAAAUGUAGAAUCCAACAGCCAGAUUCCACAACAAGGUGUUCUCUCAAUAAUUGAAGCAGCAGCAGUAAUAAAUGAACUAGCAGAAAGUCUUUCUUCGACUGAUCAAACCAAUGAUACUGAUAUUAAGGACGUAUCAGCUGAUUUUGUCGAAACAGCAGUUAGUGUUAGAGAUGAGCUAAAUCAGUUAACUACUGUUAUUGUCAAGGUUAACGAAAAUCUCCAAAAACCCGAAAUAUUGGAACAGCAAAAACCAGAAUUAAAGCGAGCUAUAAGUGCUGUUAAAGAAAAGCUGGAAGAAGUAGUAACAAAAACUUUGCCUAACGCCGAAAAGCUAAAGAUUGCAGAGCACAAUCUAAAAACACUUAAUGCUAAACUAGAUGAAGUUGUAGAAAAACUGUCCGAAGAACAUGAGAAACCAACCGAGAGACAAGAUGCCAAAUUAGUUAAAGAACUCUUAGAACCAAUAUCAGUUUUAAGAGAUGAAAUGGCAGUAUUGAAAACAAAUGUAGAAUCCAACAGCCAGAUUCCACAACAAGGUGUUCUCUCAAUAAUUGAAGCAGCAGCAGUAAUAAAUGAACUAGCAGAAAGCCUUUCUUCGACUGAACAAACCACUGAUACUGAUAUUAAGGACGUAUCAGCUGAUUUUGUCGAAACAGCAGUUAGUGUUAAAGAUGAGCUAAAUCAGUUAACUACUGUUAUUGUCAAGGUUAACGAAAAUCUCCAAAAACCCGAAAUAUUGGAACAGCAAAAACCAGAAUUAAAGCGAGCUAUAAGUGCUGUUAAAGAAAAGCUGGAAGAAGUAGUAACAAAAACUUUGCCUAACGCCGAAAAGCUAAAGAUUGCAGAGCACAAUCUAAAAGCACUUAAUGCUAAACUAGAUGAAGUUGUAGAAAAACUGUCCGAAGAACAUAAGAAACCAACCGAAAGACAAGAUGCCAAAUUAGUUAAAGAACUCUUAGAACCAAUAUCAGUUUUAAGAGAUGAAAUGGCAGUAUUGAAAACAAAUGUAGAAUCCAACAGCCAGAUUCCACAACAAGGUGUUCUCUCAAUAAUUGAAGCAGCAGCAGUAAUAAAUGAACUAGCAGAAAGCCUUUCUUCGACUGAUCAAACCACUGAUACUGAUAUUAAGGACGUAUCAGCUGAUUUUGUCGAAACAGCAGUUAGUGUUAAAGAUGAGCUAAAUCAGUUAACUACUGUUAUUGUCAAGAUUAACGAAAAUCUCCAAAAACCCGAAAUAUUGGAACAGCAAAAACCAGAAUUAAAGCGAGCUAUAAGUGCUGUUAAAGAAAAGCUGGAAGAAGUAGUAACAAAAACUUUGCCUAACGCCGAAAAGCUAAAGAUUGCAGAGCACAAUCUAAAAACACUUAAUGCUAAACUAGAUGAAGUUGUAGAAAAACUGUCCGAAGAACAUGAGAAACCAACCGAGAGACAAGAUGCCAAAUUAGUUAAAGAACUCUUAGAACCAAUAUCAGUUUUAAGAGAUGAAAUGGCAGUAUUGAAAAUAAAUGUAGAAUCCAACAGCCAGAUUCCACAACAAGGUGUUCUCUCAAUAAUUGAAGCAGCAGCAGUAAUAAAUGAACUAGCAGAAAGUCUUUCUUCGACUGAUCAAACCACUGAUACUGAUAUUAAGGACGUAUCAGCUGAUUUUGUCGAAACAGCAGUUAGUGUUAAAGAUGAGCUAAAUCAGUUAACUACUGUUAUUGUCAACGUUAACGAAAAUCUCCAAAAACCCGAAAUAUUGGAACAGCAAAAACCAGAAUUAAAGCGAGCUAUAAGUGCUGUUAAAGAAAAACUGGAAGAAGUAGUAACAAAAACUUUGCCUAACGCCGAAAAGCUAAAGAUUGCAGAGCACAAUUUAAAAGCACUUAAUGCUAAACUAGAUGAAGUUGUAGAAAAACUGUCCGAAGAACAUAAGAAACCAACCGAAAGACAAGAUGCCAAAUUAGUUAAAGAACUCUUAGAACCAAUAUCAGUUUUAAGAGAUGAAAUGGCAGUAUUGAAAACAAAUGUAGAAUCCAACAGCCAGAUUCCACAACAAGGUGUUCUCUCAAUAAUUGAAGCAGCAGCAGUAAUAAAUGAACUAGCAGAAAGCCUUUCUUCGACUGAUCAAACCACUGAUACUGAUAUUAAGGACGUAUCAGCUGAUUUUGUCGAAACAGCAGUUAGUGUUAAAGAUGAGCUAAAUCAGUUAACUACUGUUAUUGUCAAGGUUAACGAAAAUCUCCAAAAACCCGAAAUAUUGGAACAUCAAAAACCAGAAUUAAAGCAAGCUAUAAGUGCUGUUAAAGAAAAGCUGGAAGAAGUAGUAACAAAAACUUUGCCUAACGCCGAAAAGCUAAAGAUUGCAGAGCACAAUCUAAAAGCACUUAAUGCUAAACUAGAUGAAGUUGUAGAAAAACUGUCCGAAGAACAUAAGAAACCAACCGAGAGACAAGAUGCCAAAUUAGUUAAAGAACUCUUAGAACCAAUAUCAGUUUUAAGAGAUGAAAUGGCAGUAUUGAAAACAAAUGUAGAAUCCAACAGCCAGAUUCCACAACAAGGUGUUCUCUCAAUAAUUGAAGCAGCAGCAGUAAUAAAUGAACUAGCAGAAAGCCUUUCUUCGACUGAACAAACCACUGAUACUGAUAUUAAGGACGUAUCAGCUGAUUUUGUCGAAACAGCAGUUAGUGUUAAAGAUGAGCUAAAUCAGUUAACUACUGUUAUUGUCAAGAUUAACGAAAAUCUCCAAAAACCCGAAAUAUUGGAACAGCAAAAACCAGAAUUAAAGCGAGCUAUAAGUGCUGUUAAAGAAAAGCUGGAAGAAGUAGUAACAAAAACUUUGCCUAACGCCGAAAAGCUAAAGAUUGCAGAGCACAAUCUAAAAGCACUUAAUGCUAAACUAGAUGAAGUUGUAGAAAAACUGUCCGAAGAACAUGAGAAACCAACCGAGAGACAAGAUGCCAAAUUAGUUAAAGAACUCUUAGAACCAAUAUCAGUUUUAAGAGAUGAAAUGGCAGUAUUGAAAACAAAUGUAGAAUCCAACAGCCAGAUUCCACAACAAGGUGUUCUCUCAAUAAUUGAAGCAGCAGCAGUAAUAAAUGAACUAGCAGAAAGUCUUUCUUCGACUGAUCAAACCACUGAUACUGAUAUUAAGGACGUAUCAGCUGAUUUUGUCGAAACAGCAGUUAGUGUUAAAGAUGAGCUAAAUCAGUUAACUACUGUUAUUGUCAAGGUUAACGAAAAUCUCCAAAAACCCGAAAUAUUGGAGCAGCAAAAACCAGAAUUAAAGCGAGCUAUAAGUGCUGUUAAAGAAAAGUUGGGAGAAGUUAUUGGAAAAACUUUACCUGGAGCGCCAAAACUUAAAAGUUUAGAACAUAGUCUUAUGUCAGUAAAUGCUAAAUUAGAUGAACUUGUAGAAAAACUAUCUGAAGAACCCCAAAAACUAGUAGAGUGCAAAGAGGUUAAAUUAGUUGAAGAAUUGUUAGAACCUGUUAAAAUUUUAGCCUCGGUAAUAACAGCUCUUUCGAAAAAAGUUGACUUAGGUAGUCAUAUACCUCAACAGAGCAUAUUAUCAAUUAUAGAAACCGAAUAUGUUUUAAAUGAGCUUGUUGAAAAACUGAUCCUAGCGAAACAUAAUUCUGCUCCUUGCAUUUCUGAUGUCUUAUCUGAAUAUUUGAAGAAAAUGUCAGUUACUAGUACAAUUCUGAACAAGUUGGUAGCUAUUACUGUUGCAAUUAGUGACAAUUUGAAAAAACCACAAGCAUUAAAAGAUCAAAGAGCUGAAAUGAAAUCUUCUAUUUUAUCGUUGAUAGAAAUGCUUGACGAAAUAGUAUUUACAAUUGUGCCUAAUGUAAUAAUUUUACAACCGGCAGAAAAAUCGUUCAAACUUUUUAACGCUAAACUCACAGAUGUACUUUCUUCGAUCGAAAUUGACAAUAUAAAAACUGGGUUCCUUGAACAACUAGACUCUUUAGUAGUUUCUCUUUGUCAAACUUUAAAUGUUACAAAUACGGAAGUUGAAAAUCUUAUCCAAUCGUCUAAAACUAUGUGUCCUUUACUUGCAUCUCCUAUUUCAGAUUUGAAUGCUAUUACUGAUACUGCUAGUAUUUUACAAACAAAAUUUAGUAGUACUUUGGCAUUUUCUUUGGCUUGUAAAGAAGGAGUAGAAGAGAUAAAGCAGUUAAUGGAUAUGUUUUCGGAAUUUAACGAGUUUACUGAUUCCAUUAAAGAUCUUUCCCCUUUGUCUGAUUUGGAUACUAUUUCUUUCAAAGCAAAUGUCCUAGCAAAUCGUCUGGAACAGAUAACAAAUAAUUUACAAAUAUACUUGACAGAGGAUAUUAUCUCUCCAUUAGAUUUUGUAAAGCUUAAAAUAGAAAAUCUUGCAGAAAACCUCGUAGAGGUAAAGAAGAGCUUCUUGAAAAUAGAUUUAUUGAAAGUACCCCUUUGUAGAUUGCAGGAAUUUUUCAAGGAUCUUAGACUUAAUAAACAAAUACCCGAUAAAGGUUUUCGAAAAUUCUCCAACAUCCACGAAUCUCUUUUUAAAGUGAUCGAACUGAUCAACAGCAGCAACUUAGAUAUGGCGGCUGUAUUAACUUUGGAAAAACUAGUAAAGCAUUUGGAAAGUAUCUCAAAAACGAUCAAUAUGGGAAUUAUUGAUGGCAAUAAAGUUAAAUUUACCUGUGAUAACGAGUCCGAAAUUUUGAAAAAGCUGAAUGAUGCUUUUAAUGCUCUUGAAGACGAAUUUAAUACAUUAUCAGAUGCUAGUAAUUUCUGUACUGAAGCAAAAGUAAUUCUUUCCCAUAUCCAAACUUACCGAGAUUGGAUAACAGAAAAAGCCACCAAUAGGCAAGAUACCGCAACAAUAAAAAAUUUAAAAUUGCCCACAAAUCAGCUUUUGGAAGAGCUCAAUCUUAUUAAUAAGAAAAUAUCCAAGAGUGCAAAGUUCAUCACGCCACUUAAAACUUUAAAGGAAAAUGUUAAUAACUUUAAUGAAACCUUAACAAAAAUUGAAAAUUCUACAAUUCUUGAAGUUCCUAAUAUAGAAAGAAUGCUAAUCCAUGACUUAGAAAGCCUCGUUCCUCAUUUAGAAGACGUUCUCAUUGAAUUCGUUAAAAUAAACUCAAUACAAGACAAACAAGAAGCUACUAAAUACGACAGCAUAAGAAAGGCUUUAUCAAAACUAAGAAAUCACAUCGAAAAUAUUGAUGGUUCAACGUUUGUCGAAUCCAUUACCGAAAAUAUGUUACUUGCAGCUUUAAAGAAUAUCUCUAACUGCUUACAAGAGUUUGAAGAUAAAAUCAAACAUGAAAUAGCACUAGAACAAAAACAUAAACUGGCUACAUAUCUGCAACCCCUUUUAGCAGUCAAGAAUGAACUAGAGAUCUUAAAAUCUGAUGUAAAAUUGCUACCUAAACCAACUGAUGUAGUUGUUUCAUUUUUAGCGUUAGAAGAACCAAUAAAGGCAUCUAUUGAUAUCAUUGAAAAACUUGAUAUGUCAGUAGAAGUUAACGCAAACUUAGAAACGUUUAAUUCUAAUCUAAAUCCUUCGUUCAUUAAACUUUCUAAAAUAAUUAAUAAUGUUAAUAAUAUAAUGACAGAUGUGGAUAUUUUUGAACUGGAGUUACCAAUGAUUGUAGAAGACAUUAAAGGAAUCCAAGAAACUAUAAACACCGAUGAAUCGAUGACUUUAACAAAACGAGUUAAUGUUACGGAGAGUGUGGAAAGUAUUAAUUCGGCAAUAAAAAUUAUAUUAGAUGAAGCUAAUAAAGUCAGAAAAGAUUACAAAGUUGUCAAAAAUCUUCUAAGCGCAUUGUCAAAUUUGGAUGCAACCAUAAAAGAAGUCGAUGUAAAAGGAAAAGAAAGCCCCAUUACUAUUCUUUUUGAGCUACAGGAGCCAAUUUCCCAGUUCAAAAACAAUUUACUUUUGGCACAAGAUAUUGGUUACAAUACGAAAGAUUUUUCCAAAGAUUAUGCAGAUACAUUGAAUAAUCUAUCCGAUAAACUUACAGCGUUGUGUCUAUAUAUAGAUGAUACUAGUAAAACUAUGGAGAAUCAAAAAGAUUUCUUAAAAGACACUGAAUUAUCCAUGUCUGAUUUGGAAAAUGCCACUAAAGAAUGCUGUUCGAUGUUAGUUCUACACGAAAAAAUGGAGGUUAUCUCUCAAUCUACAACUCUAUUUGCUGAAAGUCUAAAAAUAAUUAAAAAUAAGAUAGCAAAACAGAUCUUUGACUUAAGAAAUGACGUACAAUUUUGUAAGGAACUUAAAAACGCUGUAUCGACGUUCACUGGUACAUUACAUAAUACAGAGUUUACACUCUUGAAACCUUUGAUUAACAUUUUAAACAUUGCACAUGAAACCAUAUGUGAUCAGCAAAACAGUAUAAAUGCUACAGAAAAUGAUCUACCAGACAAUCUACUAACUCUCAUCAAUCUUUCUGCAACGAUAAACAACUGUAAUUCUUCUUUAGAUCGGCCAAAAACAGUGCUGUACAAUUUGGAACAGCUGAAAACCAGUAUCACUAACACGAAAAUUGCUACCAAUGAUUAUAAAUCUUUCGAACCUUUACAUUUGGUUUUGAAUAUUCUUUAUGAAGAAGUUUGUAGUAUAAUUCAUGAACUGGAGCAGUUGGAGAUAAUUGAAAUCACCGAUCAAGAAAUCGAAUAUAAAAAUGAAGAUGAAAAAGAAGAGAAGAAGAAAAUCAAGAAAAAACAAAAGAAAUCACAGAAUGAAAAUGAAGAAAUCAUUCAAGAAAAAGGACAGGAAGAAGAAAUCGAUCAGUUAGAAACACAGGCAGAAGAACUCAAAAGCUCAAAAGAAAUAGAGAAAAUAGAUAAGUAUGAAAAACAGCCAAGCACAGAACAAAUCGAGGGAGAAGAAACUGUUGAGAAAGCUGAACAAAAUGUAGAACUAAACGAGAAAAGAAAGAACAAAGAAGAUGAAGACAAAUUAAAUCCAGACGAAGACUUAACACAAAAAAAGGAACAAGCGGAAAAUAAACCAAAAGAAAUUGAAAAUAAAGAAAAGGAAAUAACAGAAAAAGAGAAAGAAAAAUCACAAGAAAAUGAGAAAGAAGUGGAAAAAUUAAUAGAAAAAGAUAAGUUGCAAAGAGUUAAUAAAAAACCAGAAGAGGAUAAAAACAUGGAUAAUGAAAAGUUGGUAAAAGAAAAAGCAGAUCUUGAUAAAAAAGAAGAGGAAUCAACAUUAGAUAAAGAACAACUCAAAAAAGAAACAAAAGAAGAACAGAAAAAAAUGCAAGAAGAAGAGAUCGCAAGAAAAGAAGAAGACUUGCAAGAGGAGAAGAAACUGGAGGAACAACGAUUGAAACAAGAGAAAGAAGAGCUUAAUAAAAAGAAAAAAGAAAAGAAACUUGAGGAGGAAAAACUAAAGAAGGAAAAAGAAGAAUUGGAUAGAAAAAAGAAAGAACAGGAAGAAAAGGAACUGGAAGAAAAGAUAAUAAAAGAAAGUGAAAUUGCAAGAAAAGAGGAAGAAUUGCAAAGACUUAAAAAAGAGGAGGAGGAUAAGAAACUAGUGGAGGAAAAAUUGAAAAAAGAGACAGAAGAGCUCAAUAAAAAGAAGAAAGAAAAGAAACUUGAGGAAGAAAAACUAAAGAAGGAAAAAGAAGAAUUGGAUAGAAAAAAGAAAGAACAGGAAGAAAAGGAACUGGAAGAGAAGAAAAUAAAAGAAAAUGAAAUUGCAAGAAAAGGGGAAGAGCAGCAAAGACUUAAAAAAGAGGAGGAGGAUAAGAAACUAGAGGAGGAAAAAUUCAAAAAGGAGAAAGAAGAGCUCAAUAAAAAGAAGAAAGAAAAGAAACUUGAGGAAGAAAAAAUAAAGAAGGAAAAAGAAGAAUUGGAUAGAAAACAGAAAGAACAGGAAGAAAAGGAAAUGGAAGAGAAGAAAAUAAAAGAAAAUGAAAUUGCAAGAAAAGAGGAAGAGCAGCAAAGACUUAAAAAAGAGGAGGAGGAUAAGAAACUAGAGGAGGAAAAAUUGAAAAAAGAGACAGAAGAGCCCAAUAAAAAGAAGAAAGAAAAGAAACUUGAGGAAGAAAAACUAAAGAAGGAAAAAGAAGAAUUAGAUGGAAAAAAGAAAGAGCAGGAAGAAAAGGAACUGGAAGAGAAGAAAAUAAAAGAAAAUGAAAUUGCAAGAAAAGAGGAAGAGCAGCAAAGACUUAAAAAAGAGGAGGAGGAUAAGAAAUUAGAGGAGGAAAAAUUGAAAAAGGAGACAGAAGAGCUCAAUAAAAAGAAGAAAGAAAAGAAACUUGAGGAAGAAAAACUAAAGAAGGAAAAAGAAGAAUUGGAUAGAAAAAAUAAAGAACAGGAAGAAAAGGAAAUGGAAGAGAAGAAAAUAAAAGAAAAUGAAAUUGCAAGAAAAGAGGAAGAGCAGAAAAGACUUAAAAAAGAGGAGGAGGAUAAGAAACUAGAGGAGGAAAGGUUAAAAAAAGAGAAAGACGAGCUUAAUAAAAAGAAGAAAGAAAAGAAACUUGAGGAAGAAAAACUAAAGAAGGAAAAAGAAGAAUUGGAUAGAAAAAAGAAAGAGCAGGAAGAAAAGGAACUGGAAGAGAAGAAAAUAAAAGAAAAUGAAAUUGCAAGAAAAGAGGAAGAGCAGCAAAGACUUGAAAAAGAGGAGGAGGAUAAGAAACUAGAGGAGGAAAAAUUGAAAAAAGAGACAGAAGAGCUCAAUAAAAAGAAGAAAGAAAAAAAACUAGAGGAAGAAAAACUAAAGAAGGAAAAAGAAGAAUUGGACAGAAAAAAUAAAGAACAAGAAGAAAAGGAACUAGAAGAAAAGAAAAUGAAAGAAAAAGAAAUUGCACUAAAAGAGGAAGAGCUGCAAAGUCUUAAAAAAGAAGAGGAGCAUAAGAAACUAGAAGAGGAAAAAUUGAAAAAAGAGACAGAAGAGCUUAAUAAAAAGAAGAAAGAAAGGAAACUUGAGGAAGAAAAACUAAAGAAGGAAAAAGAAGAAUUGGAUAGAAAAAAGAAAGAACAGGAAGAAAAAGAAAUGGAAGAGAAGAAAAUAAAAGAAAAGGAAAUUGCAAGAAAAGAGGAAGGGCAGCAAAGACUUAAAAAAGAGGAGGAGGAUAAGAAACUAGAGGAGGAAAAAUUGAAAAAGACAACAGAAGAGCUCAAUAAAAAGAAGAAAGAAAAGAAACUUGAGGAAGAAAAACUAAAGAAGGAAAAAGAAGAAUUGGAUAGAAAAAAGAAAGAGCAGGAAGAAAAGGAACUGGAAGAGAAGAAAAUAAAAGAAAAUGAAAUUGCAAGAAAAGAGGAAGAGCAGCAAAGACUUAAAAAAGAGGAGGAGGAGAAGAAAGAAGAGGAGGAAAAAUCGAAAAAAGAGACAGAAGUGCUCAAUAAAAAGAAAAAAGAACAGAAACUUGAGGAGAAAAAACUUAAGAAGGAAAAAGAAGAAUUAGAUAGAAAAAAUAAAGAACAAGAAGAAAAAGAAAUAGAAGAAAAGAAAAUUAAAGAAAAAGAAAUUGCACUAAAAGAGGAAGAGCUGCAAAGACUUAAAAAAGAAGAGGAGCAUAAGAAACUAGAAGAGGAAAAAUUGAAAACAGAGACAGAAGAGCUUAAUAAAAAGAAGAAAGAAAGGACACUUGAGGAAGAAAAACUAAAGAAGGAAAAAGAAGAAUUGGAUAGAAAAAAGAAAGAACAGGAAGAAAAAGAAAUGGAAGAGAAGAAAUUAAAAGAAAAGGAAAUUGCAAGAAAAGAGGAAGAGCAGCAAAGACUUAAAAAAGAGGAGGAGGAUAAGAAACUAGAGGAGGAAAGGUUAAAAAAAGAGAAAGAAGAGCUUAAUAAAAAGAAAAAAGAAAAGAUACUUGAGGAGGAAAAACUAAAUAAUGAAAAAGAAGUGGAUAGAAAAAAGAAAGAACAAGAAGAAAAGGAACUGGAAAAUAAGAAAAAUGAGGAAAAAGAAAAGGUAAGAAAAGAGGAAGAACUGCAAAGGCUUAAAAAAGAGGAAGAUGAUAAGAAAAAAGAGGAGGCAAGAUUAAAACAAGAGAAAGAGGAGUUAAAUAAAAAGGAGAAAGAAAAGAAAUUUGCGGAGGAAAAAUUGAAGAAAGAGAAAGAAGAAUUGGAUAGAAAGAAGAAAGAACAAGAAGAGAAGGAACUCAAAGAGAUAAAAAUGAAGGAAAAAGAUAUGGCAAGAAAAGAGGAAGAGUUGCAGAGGCUUAAAAAAGAGGAGGAUAGUAAGAAACUAGAGGAGGAGAAAUUGGCAAAAGAAAAAGAACAGCUUAAUAAAAAGAAAAAGGAACAGAAACUUGAGGAGGAAAAACUAAAGAAGGAAAAAGGAGAAUUGGAUAGAAAAAAGACAGAACAAGAAAAAAAGGAACUAGAAGAGAAGACAAUAAAAGAAAGAGAGCUGGCAAGAAAAGGGGAAGAGUUUCAAAGGCUUAAAAAAGACGAGGAUAAUAAGAAACUAGAGGAGGAAAGAUUAAAACAAGAUAUGAAAAAGACAGAAAAAGAGACGGCUGAGAUUACGGACGAGAGACUAGAAAAAGAAAAAGCAGAAAUUAUUAAAAUGGAACAAGGAAAGAAGUCAAAAGAAGAAAAAUUAAAGAAGGAAAAUGUACCUAAAAAGAACAAAUUGCAACAAAAACUGCCGAAGGAGAAAGAAGAAAAAGAGAUUAAAAAAGAUCUAGAGAUGCCAAAACUCAAAAAUGAGGAAGAGAAGUUGACAGUAAAUAAAAAUCUGGAAAAUGAGGAACAAAAAUCUAGAAAAGAGCAUCAAUCAUUAGAAAUUGCAAAGACGGCACAAAGAUCAUACGUAGAUGAACGAUUAGAAAAUGAAACAUUAGCGAAAAUGAAAAAAGAAGAAAGGAUAAAAUUGAAAACAAAGGAAACUUACGAAUCAAACUACGUUAUUAACAAAGUAGAAUCGCAGACUAGUAAUGAAGAUAUAAAAACAAACGAUUAUGCUUCUGAAACAUUCAAGAGUGAGAGUCAAAGUAGAAGAGACAAUAAAGUGACUGAUACAACUCGAAAUAUUGUUGACAAUUUAGAAAGUUACAAGCCUUCUACAUAUCAUGGAAAUGUCUACGCAGGUAGAAAGCCUUUCUUUACUACAGGGCUAAAAAAUACGUCAGCAACUCCUGGUUCUUCAGUUCAGUUAAUGUGUAAUUUGGUCGAGAGUGAAAACCUUAACAUUAUGUGGUUCAAAAAUAAUCAGAUCAUAGAACAAACGGCGAAUCUCAAAAUGAAAUCAUCUGGUAAUACUGCUACUUUACAGCUAGAACAUGUUAGCUUGGAUGAUACUGGUGAAUACUCAUGUAUUGCUUCCAACGAUCACGGUGAGAGUACAACAUUUGCUUAUUUGGAUGUUUCUGAUGGAGGAAAUACUCAAACUACAGCACCUGCCUUCACGAGAAAUAUUGUUGAUAACUACAGAGUUUCAAGCGAUGAAAUAAAUUUGGAAUGUAAAAUCAAAAGCCUAAUAAAACCAAAUAUUCGUUGGUAUAAAGACGGACAAGAGAUAUACACUGGUUCGAGGUACGCUCAAAGUUAUUUAUCUGAUGGACUUUGUAGGUUAUCUAUUACUAGUCCAGACAGUGGCGAUAGUGGUCGUUAUUCUUGUAGACUUGAGAACAGUUUAUGGAGUGAACAGUUAUCUUAUGAUCUCAAAUUUGAUGGAAAGAAAGAGUAUAUGCGACACAAAUCGAGAGAAAGACAAACUCGCGAUAGCAGUCUUGGUAGGACUGCUAGAUCUUACUAUUCUGGUAUCAUGACGGACACAUUCGUACCUCGCGGAGGUACUAUGGCUCUACAGGUCGAAGUAAAAGGCAGUCCCUUGAAUGUUUCAUGGUACAAAGAAAGUUCAAGAUUAACAAAUACCUCUUCUAGACAUAAAGUCUUGACUGAGCGUAACGUUCAUACGCUGCUAAUACCUGAUGUAAACGAGUACGAAGCGGGAAAGUAUACUUUUAGAGCGCUAUAUCCAGAAGGUCCAGUAGAUACUUCGGCGUACGUCCAAGUCGUACAAAGGUCUUAUCCACACGGAAAACCUGCCAUGUUCCUUUCCCGACCAGACAGCAUUUUGACUCUUCGAGAAGGAGACGACAUUGUGGUCUCGUUUAGAAUCACUGGCGACCCAAAACCUACAGUUACAUGGAUGAAGGGUCUUAGAGAUAUAACCACGAGCUACAGAUCUUAUAAAGAAAAAUCUGAUGAUUACAUGAGAUUGACAUUGAAAAGAAUAUCAGCCGAAGAUGCUGGCACCUAUUGUAUUUUGGCCAAAAACUGCCACGGGUGUGAUAGAGCAUUUUUCACAGUUAGAAUUAGAGAACGAGCUAGAUCUUUAACACCAAUAAGGAACCAAUCUUUAUUAGAAUCCCAGUCUUAUCACGAUUUUUAUCGAGAAACCGAUGUGCCCAGUCCGAUUCCUGGUCCACCUGUUGUCGUGGAAUCGGGAAGAAACUGGCUAUGCCUGUCGUGGGAUAAGCCAGUCCAGACGACCAGUAUUCCAGUCCUUGCUUACCGGGUUGAGAUGUGGACUAGAGGAGCAGAAGGUGCUCGAUGGACUGAGGCUGGAGUCACACCUUUAACAUCUUUUGAUAUAUUCAAUUUGAAGGCAGAGACGGAGUACCAGUUUAGAGUUACACCGAGGAACAGAUAUGGAUGGGGAGAGAGUGUCCAAAGCGGAGUUCUCACUUUAGGUAAACCAACUAGCUUACCAGAAUUUACAAAAGUUCUACCUGGACAGUUGAAGGCACUACUUGGAACGGAAGUUACUUUGGAAUGUGAAGUACAAGGAGAGCCAAUACCAACUGUGCGCUGGUUAAAGGAUUUACAAGAAAUAUAUCCACAAGAAGACCAGCGAUAUCAAAUAUAUCAAGAAAGUAGUAUUUGUCGGUUAGUGAUAACGAACCUUCAGGAAAGUGAUUCUGGAAGAUAUAUGUGCGAAUCUAUAAACAAAAUCGGAAGAGUGUCUACAUUCGCUAGGCUUGCGGUGGUCAAAGAUCCUAAAAUUCUUCUUGCCGAUUCUGGAUUAAGAUUGGGAAUAAAUAAUUUCAACAGCACUGAUCCCCUACCCCCACAAUUCACAAUGAGAUUGAGGGACCGAAGAAUCGAAAUCAGCUAUCCAGUUAGAUUGACUUGCCAGAUUAUUGGUUACCCAAGUCCCAAUGUGAAAUGGUACCACGAUGGAAAACAAAUUAAAGAAGAUGAUCGCCAUGCCUUCUCCACUGACGACAACUUCCAAACGCUGGAGAUCAUCAAAUCAAACAUGGAUGAUGCUGGAACCUACAGUAUAUCCGCAGACAAUGAUCACGGAUCCGUCUCAUGCCACUGUAAUCUCGUCGUCGACAGAGGUAUCAAAGACUACAUUACCCCAGUUUUCGUCAGCCAUGUCGAACCAUCAGAAAUUAAAGUGAAAGAAGGAGAAGAACUGAGGUUAUCCGCUAGAGUUGAAGCAUACCCUGGAGUUGGAUUGACGUGGUAUAAAGAUGGGGUACGUCUGCGUCCCUCAAGGCGUUUUGUGAUAACCCUGUCGUACGACGGAAUUGUUCUGCUAUCAAUAGGAAAAAUUCUUAAGAAAGACUCAGGACUCUACACUUGCGUAUGCAGCAAUGAAGUUGGACGGGCUCAGAGCACUGCCAGAGUUGAAGUUGUCGACGAAUCCACUGAUACACAGAACCAAACAGUAAAGAUUAAAUCAGAUAUUCCAUAUUCGAAAGAACCAAGAUUUUUGAAAAAGCCCAGAUCCACCGAGGCAUUUGAAGGCGAUAAUAUCAUCAUUCUCUGCGAAGUAAUUGGAGAUCCAAAACCAGACGUAAUGUGGUUAAGAGACUUCCUAAAGCCUGAUUACUACCGAGAUGCUGCACAUUUCUAUCAAGUAGAUGACACACCAGAGUACAGACUGGAGAUACCCAAUGCCAAGAUCGACUAUACCGGUACAUACACCAUAUAUGCUAAAAAUUGCCAUGGAGACGCAAAAGCCAUUAUUUCUCUUCAAAUAAAAGUAAAAGAUCCAAAACCUACUGGAAAAGAUAUGGGCAAGAAGAAGAUUGUAGAUGUUCAGACAAUACCAUCAAUCGAAAAAGAACUGAGCAACAUUAGAUGCUGUGACGGAGACUCAGCCACCUUAGAAUGCCAGGUCCUUGCCACUCCACCACCUGACGUUCGCUGGGAAAGAGCUGGAAAAUUGGUGCGCCUAGGAGGCGAUUUUGAUGCAGACUUCGAUGGAAAAAUAGCAAAAUUGUCUAUAAAACGAGUUUAUCCUGAAGAUGAAGGAGAAUACACAUGUGUAGCUUAUAACGAAUUAGGAACUGCUUCAACAUCUGCAUGCCUUAUUGUUGAUCUUCCCGAAGAGAAAGAAAACCUUUUAUGUCAACAACUGAAACGACCUAGUGAAUUCCUGGAUCCUUCUUCCAAUAGAAUCUCACCGAGAUCUACACCGAUCAGAAGUCUUACGCCAGCGCCAUCUUACAGGGAAAGGGGUGUCACACAAUUUAGAUCCAGUAAUCGAAUCAGGGCUGCUCCGCCCAAGUUUUAUGCCUACCCACACAAUAGGGUAGCAGAACAAGGAGAAACUGUAAGAUUCCAAAGUGCAGUUGCUGGUCACCCAGAUCCCUGGGUCACAUGGGAGAAAGACGGAGUACCAGUUACACCUUCAGCGAGACUACGUAUGACCGAACGUGAUGACCUUAGAACUCUGGAAAUAACAGACGUGAUCCCCAGCGAUUCUGGGGUGUACAAAAUAAUCUUGGAAAACGACGUGGGCAGAGUAGAAACCUCGGCAAAGUUAGAUGUCAUUGGUCAUAGAAUACCCUCAAGUAGAGGGCUUAGAGCUAGAAGUUUAUCGCCUAAACCUGCUCCGUACUAUUCUAAAGGUUUAGUGGGGAGCUAUACAAGGCUUACUAGUAAACCUAGUUUAUAUUCUGAUUAUAGAUCUUCGCUUGCAAAUUUAAAACGGUUUAAAGAAAACAUUGAUUCUCAAGAUUACAAAGCUAACUCAGACUAUUCGUUUACUUGUAAUAAUAAUAAAGAUAGUAGCUUUUGUCGACCAGAAAUUAUCAAAAGUCUUCCAAACAACUUAAAAGUUUCUGAAGGUGACUCCGUCGUAUUGGAAUUGGACACCAUUGGAGACCAACCAAUGGAUAUAGUCUGGAUGAAAGAUGGUUGCAUUUUGCCUGAUUGUAUAGAUUUUCAGCAGAUUUCAGAAGACGGAGUCAUCAGACUCAUCUUGCGCGAUGUGUAUUCGCAAGAUUCAGGGAAUUACCGAUGUGAAAUAUAUAACUUGUAUGGAGAUGCAUUUGCUACAUGUUGUUUAAUAGUUGAAGGUACCUGGGCUGAGGAACCACACAUUCAAGAUAAUAUAUUUCCAGUAAAAAAUAGCGAACAAAAAAAUGUGUCCGAUCAUCAAAAGGUAGAGCAAGACGGUGACGUCGGCAUUCUUCACAUCGUGGGGGCGAGCAAUUCAUCCGCGGGUUCCGUCGAUCGAUCGCCGCUUAGUAGUACUAGUACUAGCAGCGAUAUCGAAUCGCCGUCGAUUGCUAUAGCAGCGCGGCGUAGCACGAAUCUCGCGAUUUCCGAUCGAGAGUGCAAUAGUGACAGUGGAGUAUCUAUGGAGGAGGCUGUGCAGCUCGAAGAGACGGCGCCGGUACUUCUCAGAGGACCCCAGGACACUACGGCCCUCGUUGGGGACCGAGUACUGCUCAAGGCCACGUACAGGGGGCAUCCCGAACCGAGGGUACGAUGGAGCAAAGCGGGUCGAGAACUAAAAAACGAUGAACGUACAAGUAUUACAUCCGGCGAUGGAGUAUCCUGUUUACUCUUGCAAAACAUCACAACUGACGACAGCGGGAAAUACGAUGUAAAUGUUAUGAACUCCCAUGGAGAAGAUUCGAACUAUGCAUCUGUUGCUGUCGAAGGACCUCCAGAUCCACCGAGCGGUACCCCAUGCAUAACCACGUCCUUGGAUAGCGUUACGUUGACCUGGAGCAGCUCGCCCUAUGACGGGGGCAAAAUCGUCAACGGGUAUGCCGUGGAUUACUCUAUGGUGGGCAGCGACAUCUGGACAACGGCAGUCGAAGAAUGCCACUCCCUUAGUUACGUAGUUAGGGGGUUGCAACCCGGAGGCCGAUAUGUUUUUAGGGUACGGGCGCUUAACGUCCACGGAUAUAGUAAACCAAGUCUCGAAUCUGAUAUCGUACAGUUAGAAGAACACAAUGAAAGUAGCUACUUCGAACCGAGAGUUGUAUCAGUGGAACCAGGUCCCGAAUUCAAGACGCGUUACGACGUCCUCGAAGAAUUGGGCAAGGGCCGGUACGGCGUCGUUCAUAAAGUUAUAGAUAAAGUAUCGAAUCAGAAACUCGCAGCUAAGUUUAUUAAAUGUAGGACUUCCAAAGAUAGAGAUAAGGUACAAGACGAAAUCGACAUAAUGAAUCUCCUUAGGCACCAAAAACUGUUACAAUUGGCCGCCGCCUUCGAAAACCCCAGAGAUAUGAUUAUGAUUAUGGAAUAUAUUUCAGGUGGGGAACUUUUCGAACGGGUGGUAGCCGACGACUUUACGCUUACUGAAAAAGACUGCAUUUUAUUUAUGAGACAAAUCUGUGAAGGUGUAGCCUACAUGCACUCGCAAAGUAUCGUCCAUUUAGAUCUGAAACCGGAAAACAUUAUGUGUCAUACGAGAACCUCGCACGAGAUUAAGAUCAUUGAUUUCGGUUUAGCGCAAAAACUCAAUCCCAAAGAACCGAUUCGAGUGCUGUUUGGAACGCCGGAGUUCAUACCGCCAGAGAUCAUCAGUUAUGAGCCUAUUGGGGUGGAAUCGGACAUGUGGUCGAUAGGAGUAAUUUGUUACGUAUUACUGUCCGGUCUUUCACCAUUUAUGGGCGACAAUGACUCAGAAACAUUCACAAAUAUAACUCGGGCGGAUUACGAUUUUGACGAUGAAGCUUUCAACACUGUGUCUCAGAAUGCCAGAGAUUUCAUUGGCGCUCUUCUAAUUAAAAGAAAAGAGGAACGUCUCUCUGCCGAGCAAUCUCUGAAACAUGUUUGGUUGGAUCCAGAGACUCAUCAACAAACUGUUGUCUUGUCGACAGAUAAACUCAAGAAAUUUAUCAUUCGCCGCAAGUGGCAAAAAACAGGCAACGCCAUACGAGCUUUAGGCAGAAUGGCGACUCUUUCGGCCAGCAGAAGAAACUCUGCCAAUUCUGUACCUAAUACACCUCGACCUUCGUUAUCAGGUACACCGCCUAGUGUACCCAGAAUGUCGAGCGUCAACGAAGAAGAUAAUGCCAAUAAUCGCUGUGAUAUAAACGACCUACCUGGAGAUGAUUUAGUACACAAGAAAGACAUUGAGGAAUGCGUCGCUGAAAUUAAUAAACUAAUAGAGGAGACUAAUAAGGAAAGUAGAGAAAAAGAGGAGACAGAUGAAGAAAUCAGAGAAGGCGAUCAAGAAAGCGAGUCUGUUAGCGAAAAUCAUAUUGAGUUAGAGGAAGAAUCUCCAGAACCGUAUGUACCUUCAACUCCAAUAGAAGAUCUCGAAACUGAAAACAUUAAAAAAAUAAAUUCUAGAACGUAUAGCAAUAUUAGCGAAACUCACAUUGAGUUAAGAAAAGAAUCUCCUGAACAAUAUGUACCUCUGACACCAAUAGAAACUUUUGAGAAUGAUAAUGUUAGAGUAGUUAGGUCUAGAGCUUGUACUGACCGAAGCGACAGUGGCAUCAGCGAUUGUUCUACCCUUCUACCUAGUUGCACUUCAACACCUCUCUUAGCCAAGAAGUUCUGUAUCAAUGAAGAAAGCGAAUACGGCAAUAACGAUCACACGUACAGCUCAUCAAAGAUGCUGAUUAUGAAGAAUUAUAAAAACAAUUUGGGCAAUGGAACCAGACAAGAUACGACUGAAACGAACAAUCAUCGCAGUGAUGAGACAGAUGAAAGGUUGAGUAAAAAAGCGUUCGUUGGUUUAGGACUAAAUGACAAAAUUGAAACUCUUACUAGCCAUACAUCAACAAAGGCCAAGCCGCCUACUGCGGCAAGCAGCUUAAAAAGGUUACCCAUCUACACAUCGAGAACUGUGGCGGGAACGAUAAAAAAAUUCGACUCCCGCGACACAACAGACAAACCACCCCUCCCAAAAAUCGAACAAAACCACAGAACAGUCAAACCGAACGGAAAUGGAGUUACCAGCAUCCAUACAACUUCUAGUUUAGAAAAGACCAACACGCAUACAUCGCGUGUGGAACAAAUCAAAGAAAAACUUUCUAGCAACGAGAAACUCAACACUCUCUCAGCAGCUUCUCCUACUGUAAGGUUCAGAAGUUCUUCUCCAUCUUUACUGAGGAAGACUCAAGCCGUUAUUGCUAAGGAGCAAAGCAACGAGUAUUAUGUUAGUAAACAUGGAAAGUAUGUUCCGGAUGAGCAGUCUCCUACUUUAAAUAAUAAAGAUAAACCGAAGAGUGACAGCUUUAGAAAAGCUGCUGCCUUUUGGAACUCUAAUACCUAAUUUAUGUAACGAUUUAUUGCGACAAUAUCUUGUAUCGAAAAAAGACUAUGUCGAGUUUUACAAAAGAGAAUCUCAAACUUCUGCUUGUAUAAAGCAGCAAAUAAAACAAUGAUUCUGUGUUAUUGUACCUUUACCUUAACUACGGUUUUAAAUAAGCAUUAAAACCGAAUGAAUUUAUCUGGAUUUUACUGUUUUUUGGCAUGUUUUUAUUUAAAUGUGUACAUAUAUGUUUUAUCUAUACCAAAUAAGUGCCUUAAAUGAUGUUAAUGUAAUGUAUAGGCUCAAAGUUUUAUUUUUGUGUUAUGAAAGAACUGUUAUACCCUCCAAUAUUUAUGAUUUUAUGUAUAUUUGACCUUUGAUCUAAUGAAAAUUAUAAUUCAUUGUUCAA